AUGAAGGUCGCCGCUGUCCUGUCGCUCGUGUCCCUGGCCGUUGCCAGCGUCAUCGAGAAGCGCGAGUGUGCCGGCAACAACUGCAACCGUGCCAUCACCGGCACCCGUGACGGCCUCCCUCCCGUCUCGCUGCGCUCCGCCGACUGCGCCAGCUUCCUGAAGACCACCGUCACUCCUGCUGCGAGGACCGUCACCGUCACCGUCGAGGCUGAGCCCAGCCUUGUUGCCAAGCGCGACGCCGUCCUGGAGAUCCGCCAGGCCACCGUCGUCCCCUCGGUCCUGCCCGCCUACGCCACCCAAUGCUCAGGCGCUCCCGCCUACUCGUCGGCCUGCAGCUGCUUCGGCAUCACCGCCACCGUCACCACCGCCCCCACCCCCACCGUCACGGUCACCAGCACCAUCGACUACUGCGAGGACCUGUGA